AUGGCUGCUUCCCAGGACCCUCGCCCCGGCGGCGACGAGGAGGACAAGGAGGGCGGCGAGGACGUGUGCGUGGCCAACUCGCACUUCAAGGAGGCCGACGAGGUCCUCGAGCUCAUUGCUGAAGUUGAGCGCACCCAGGGCGCGCAGGCGGAGCACGUGCACGACCGCGUCCGUGCCAUCCUCGUCCAGUACCAGGAGCAGCCGCAGCUGCUGGACGGCCACCUCGAGGCGAUGCUCCUCCCGCUCGCGGCGGUCCUCAAGGCCCUCGCGCGCGACCCCGCGUCCGACCUGACUGUUGUGCAGCAGGUCAGCCGCAUCCUGCAGACUAUCUCGACGGUCCGCGGCGCGAAGCAGGUGGCGCGCUUCAUGCCGCACGAGGCGCGCGACCUCGAGCCGGCCGUGGCGCUGCUCGCGCGCCUCAGGGCGAGCGACCCCACCUCCGCGGGCGCGUGGGAGGCCAAAGCGGUGGUGCUGCUCUGGCUGACGAUCCUCGCGCUCGUGCCCUUCGACAUCCGCACGCUCGACACGGCCGCCGCCGGGGGCGAGGUGGACGAAGAGGUGAGGGGGCACGACGGGGCGCGGUACCCCGUGGUCGUGCUGCGCAUCAUGCGCAUGACUCAGGACUUUCUGUCAGACCCAGGGCUGGUCCGUGACGCCGCGGGCACGCUCCUCGGGACGCUGCUCGCGCGCCGCGACAUGACGCUGGCCCUCGCAGACUUCAUCCAGUGGGCCGCCGCGGCGGUCGAGGCCGAGCACAACACUCCGAAGGGCGCGUUCCUCCUUCCCGGCGUCACGAACGCCUUCAGCAGCCUCUGCAAGAAGGCCGAGCGCACGGACCUCCUUCCGCGUGUUGCCGAGCUAUGGCCCUUGGCGCGCGUGCUCGCGGAGCGCGCCGAGGAGCACGAGUCCGUCCUGGCGCGCAAGCUCGCCACCAAGCUGUCCCAGCGGCUCGGUCUCAUCCUCCUCGAGCCGCGCGCCGCGGCGUGGCGGUACCGCAAAGAGGUGGCGUCGCUGGCGGCCAACUUGGGCGAUGCGGGCGGCGCGGGCGGGGCCGGGGAGGCCGGCGGGGACGACGCGGACGACUUCGAGGUCGCCGCGGAGGUCGAGGAGGUGAUCGACAUGAUGUUGACGGGGCUGCGCGACCGCGACACGGUGGUGCGGUGGUCGGCGGCCAAGGGGCUCGGGCGGCUCACGGGGCGGCUCCCGCGGGCGCUGGGCGACGAGGUGGCGACGGCGGCGAUGGAGCUCAUGUCGCCGGCGGAGGGGGACUCGGCGUGGCACGGCGCGUGCCUUGCGCUGGCGGAACUGGCGCGGCGCGGGCUCCUGCUGCCCGCGCGCCUGCCGGACGUGGCGCCGCUGGUGUGCGCGGCGCUCGCGUACGACGUGCGGCGCGGGGCGUGCAGCGUCGGCGCGCACGUGCGCGACGCCGCCGCGUACGUGUGCUGGGCGUUUGCACGCGCAUACUCGGAGCGCGAGCUGCGCCCGCUCGUCGAGGCGGUCGCGCCGGCGAUGCUCUCCACGGCGUGCUACGACCGCGAGGUCAUGUGCCGCCGCGCCGCCGCGGCCGCGUUCCAGGAGUGCGUCGGGCGCCUCGGGAGCUUCAAGGACGGCAUCGAGAUCCUCGGCGCCGCGGACUUCUUCACGCUGUCGAUGCGCUCGCAGGCGUACCUGGAGGUGGCGCCGUUUGUUGCGUCGUUCGGGCAGUACACGAUUCCGCUGGUGGAGUACUUGAUCGACACGAAGCUCCACCACUGGGACGAGGCGGUGCGGCAGCUCUCCGCGCGUGCGCUCGCGCGCCUCGCGCCCGUCGCCACGGAGUGGCUGGCGUCGGUGGGUCUGUCGCGCCUGGUGAACCGGUGCACGGACGCGGUGCUCGAGGUGCGGCACGGCGCGGCGCUGGGCCUCGCGGCGCUGCUGCCGGCGCUGCGGGCGCAGGGGGCGCUCGGGGGCGACACGGAGGACGAGCUAGUCCCUGCGGCGCACGAGGCGAUGUAUGUGGCGGCGGCGGUGGACAAGGCGCGGCUGUUCCGCGGGAAGGGCGGGGAGAUCAUGCGCGGGGCGGUGUGCCACGUCAUCAGCAGCUACGCACUGGCGCGCAUGCCGAUCCCGGUCAAGGAGCGCAAGGGCCUCCUGGGCCUCAUCGAGGAGAACCUGCGCCACCCGAACGAGGCCAUCGCCGGCGCGGCCGUCGCCGCCCUCGCGUGCUUCACACGAGGGUUUAUGCGCACUGCCAACCCCAAGUACACCGAGGUCACCGCGGGGCGCCACGUGCCGCUCCUCGCGGACCCGAACCCCGCCGUCCGCCGCGGCUCCGCCCUCGCCGUCGGCUACCUCCCCGGCCACCUCCUCGCGCCCGUCGCCGAGUCGGCCCUGGCCGCGCUGCGCGGCGCGGUGGAGGCGAGCGGGCCUGCCGAAGACCAGGACGCCGAGGCGCGCCGGAACGCCGCGCGCGCGCUCGCGACGGCGUACGAGAUGCUCUUUGCGUGCGCGGCCGCCGGGGACGCGUGGGAGCUGCCGCGCGCGGGCGCGAAGGGCACGCCGGGCGCGGGCCCAUUCGAGGACGGCGCUGUCGACGGGAUCGACGGCGAGGCCGCGACGGCGUGCGAGGAGCCGUGGCGCGCGGCGGGCGCCGCGGACGCGCGCGCGUGGGCCGCGGAGGGCGUGCGGCUGGCGGUCGAGGCGGUGUUGCCAGGGCUGGUGGCGGCGCUCGGGGACUUUGCGGCGGACAACCGCGGCGACGUGGGGAGCUGGGUGCGCGAGGCGGCGUGCACGUCCUCGGAGCGCGUGCUGCGGCUGCUCGCGCGGCUGGUCGAGGCGGCCGGCGGGGAGGUGUCGGCGGAGCUGCGCACCGCCGUCACGUCGGUGGUCGGGGCGGUCGCGGGGCAGACGCUCGAGCGCAUCGGGCGGCUGCGCGGCGCGGCGGUGAUCGCGCUGCUCGGCGUGGUCCAGGGCGGCGACGCGGCGCCCGCGGCGCUCCUCGGCGCGCCCGAGGUGGGCAGCUUGGCAGGGGCCUUCCGGCACGUGGUGCAGGUGCCGGCCGGGGAGCCGCCGCGUGCGCUCGUUGCAGCGUGCAUGCGCGCGCUCGACGGGUACACGGCCGCGGCGAAGGCGCUCCUGCGCGACUGCCGGGCCUACCGCGUCGAGAUCGGCCGCGCCCUCGUCGCGGCUGCGGGGGGCCUGGACCCGCAGCUGGCGGCGGCGGCGUCCGAGGCGCUGCUGCCGGAGGGUCCCGCGAACACGCCGGAGCACGUCGGCGAGCUCGUGCUGCGCGUGUGGGAGGGCAGGGCGCCGCGGCUCGCGACGCCGUUGCUGCGCGUCGCUGCGCUGCUGCUAUCGCGCGGGGGGCUGGUGGGGGUGCCCGCGGGGGGCGGGUGGGACCCGGCGGCGCUGGUCGCGAACGUGCGCGGCGAGGCGCGCGGGUGCCGCGACGUCGGGCGGCUGCGCGCCGCAGCGGACGCGCUCGUGCAGGCGGUGGAGGCGCGCGGCGGCGCGGGGCGCGCGGCGCUCACUGGGCUCAUGCUCCUGCUGUGCAACGGCUUCCCGCGCGUGCGGAAGCACGCGGCGGAGUCGCUGUACGUCGCGCUGCUCGCGGCGGACGCCGAGCGCAUCGAGGGCCCUGACAACAGCAGCCUGAGUCAGGAGCAGCUCAUGGAGCUCACGGGGCUGCUGGUGGGCGGCACGUGGGAGGGCGCGCUCGGGGCGGCGAAGGAGUCGCGCGCGGGCAUCCUGGCGCUGCUGGGCAUCGAGGUGAAGGCCGCGGCAGCAGCGAGGAACAAGCAGGACGCGGGCGCCACGGACGAGAACGCGUCGUACAGCGCGCUCGUGCAGGACGCGAUGCGCGACGUGUGA